UUAGAAAGGCCGACGUACACUAGCUUAUUUCCUUACAAUUUGCCGAAGCAAAAAUAAAUCGUGGUUUCCAUUCGUUAUCCGCCCAAGAGUCGAGUCGAGAGUGGAAGCGUAGGACAGCGUCGAGUAAGAGCACGAGAGGGAAGAUAAUGGCGAGCGAAACCAUAAAGGUAACCGCUUCAGCCUCCUCCUGCGGCUUGCGUGGCUCGCUGAGACGCCUAUAUCUCGCUUCUCACUGCUCCCUUGCGCACAACUCUUUCCUGGCCCCUGGUCGCCGUCCAGCCGCCGUCUCUGAUUUAUUCGGCGGCCUUCGCCUGAGGUCUGGGACGAUUGUUCAUCGGCCUCAGGUGAGAAAGGAGAAGUUUCUGGUUACCGCUACUACUGAUGAUGAUUCAAAGCGAAUUGUGCCUCUGAAGGACUACAGAAAUAUUGGUAUUAUGGCUCACAUAGAUGCGGGGAAAACUACUACCACAGAACGCAUUCUAUAUUAUACUGGAAGAAAUUAUAAGAUUGGGGAGGUUCACGAGGGAACAGCCACAAUGGACUGGAUGGAACAGGAACAAGAGAGAGGUAUCACUAUUACUUCUGCAGCGACGACAACCUUUUGGAACAAUCACAGAAUUAAUAUUAUUGAUACACCUGGUCAUGUUGAUUUCACAUUGGAAGUAGAGCGUGCUCUUAGGGUCUUAGAUGGAGCAAUAUGUUUAUUUGACAGUGUCGCAGGUGUGGAACCACAAUCUGAAACAGUAUGGAGACAAGCAGAUAAAUAUGGAGUCCCUCGACUAUGUUUUAUUAAUAAAAUGGAUCGCCUUGGGGCUAAUUUUUUUAGAACUUGUGAUAUGAUAGUAACAAACUUAGGUGCUAAACCACUUGUUCUGCAAUUACCAGUUGGUGCGGAAGAUAGCUUCAGUGGAGUUGUUGAUGUUGUAAAAAUGAAAUCUGCUAUAUGGACUGGAGAAGAGUUAGGUGCUAAAUUUUCUUAUGAAGAUAUACCAGAAGAUCUCCAGGAAUUGGCUGAGAAUUACAGGAUUCAACUGAUUGAGACUAUUGUUGAAUUAGAUGAUAAGGCCAUGGAAAACUAUCUGGAAGGAAUUGAACCAGAUGAAGAGACUAUAAAAAGUUUAAUUAGGAAAGGAGCCAUUUCAGGUGCUUUUGUUCCUGUCUUAUGUGGUUCUGCAUUCAAAAACAAGGGAGUUCAACCAUUGCUUGAUGCUGUGGUUGAUUACUUGCCUUCACCAAUUGACAUACCACCAAUGAAGGGUUCUGAUCCAGAUGACCCAGAGAAGGUCCUUGAAAGGGUUCCUAGCGAUGAUGAGCCAUUUGCUGGAUUGGCCUUCAAGAUCAUGAGCGAUCCUUUUGUCGGAUCUCUCACAUUUGUUAGAGUAUACUCGGGGAAAUUGUCUGCAGGUUCAUAUGUUCUUAAUUCGAACAAAGGAAAGAAAGAGAGAAUAGGAAGGCUCUUAGAGAUGCAUGCCAAUAGUAGAGAGGAUGUCAAAUCAGCAUUGACAGGCGAUAUUAUUGCUCUUGCUGGCCUAAAAGAUACUGUCACAGGUGAAACACUUUGUAGUCUGGAUAAACCUAUUGUGCUUGAACGGAUGGAUUUCCCGGACCCUGUCAUUAAGGUUGCAAUUGAACCCAAGACAAAGGUUGAUCUUGAUAAGAUGGCAGUUGGGCUUAUUAAGCUUGCUCAAGAAGACCCAUCUUUUCAUUUCUCCAGAGAUGAGGAGACCAACCAAACUGUUAUUGAAGGAAUGGGAGAGCUUCAUCUUGAGAUCAUUGUUGAUCGGCUGAAGAGGGAAUUCAAGUUUAAGGCAAAUGUAGGUGCACCUCAGGUGAAUUAUCGGGAAAGCAUCUCAAUUGUUUAAGAAGUGCAAUAUAUACACAAUAAACAGUCUGGAGGCCAAGGUCAGUUCGCUGAUAUCAUAGUGAGGUUCGAGCCUUUAGAACCUGGGAGUGGUUAUGAAUUAAAAAGUGAGAUAAAGGGUGGAGCAGUUCCAAAGGAAUACAUUCCUGGAGUGAUGAAAGGUUUGGAAGAGUGUAUGAGCAAUGGUGUUCUUGCAGGCUACCCUGUUGUUGAUGUUCGGGCUGUGUUAGUUGAUGGAACCUAUCACGAUGUUGAUUCGAGUGUCUUGGCAUUUCAGUUGGCUGCGAGAGGUGCGUUCCGAGAAGGAAUUAGAAAAGCUGCUCCAAGAAUGUUGGAACCUAUUAUGAAAGUUGAAGUUGUCACACCUGAAGAGCAUUUGGGUGAUGUCAUUGGUGAUUUGAACUCUAGAAGAGGCCAGAUUAACAGCUUUGGGGAUAAACCUGGUGGUCUUAAGGUGGUUGAUGCUUUGGUACCGUUGGCUGAAAUGUUUCAAUAUGUGAGCACACUGCGUGGGAUGACGAAAGGUCGUGCUUCCUACUCGAUGCAGCUCGCCAAUUUCGAUGUUGUUCCCCAACAUAUACAGAAUCAACUCUCCUCUAAAGAACAAGUUGCAGCUUGAUUUUCUUCUGUUCAAAGUGCAGGCAUGGCUUUGCAGGUUUUUUCAAGCACUAAGCUUCCAUUAUUUGGAGAAUUACCUUGAUUUCAUAUUAAAAAAAUGUAAAAAAAGCAUUUUUGAGCAUGCAAUAUGAUGUUUGUUUUUUUAUUAUUCAAUUACAAUAUUUUGUUGAUCCAAAAGGUCUUGGAUUUGAGGAUUAGUGUGAGUGUGCUUGUAUUUGAUUUGUAUUUUGACACUUAAUUUCUCAAAAAUUUAAAAAAAUAUCAUAUUUUAUA